UUUUAACCUUGUGAGCACUAAUCUGAAAGAGGAAGGAGAAUCUGCAUGCAUUGGCUAGCAAAAGUGCCCUUCCCUCUCUUCUCUUGAAAACAGCAGCAGCCCAUCUUCUUAAAGAAACUUGCCUAAAGAACAGGCACCUUGUAAAUGAAGUGCACUUUCAGGGAAUUCAGAUUCACUGUUCGGCUAAUCAACAUUAGCUCUCCGAGGGAUGAGUAAAUUGGACUUACUGAAGAAUUUAAGAUCUUCUGAGUGUGAAUGCAAAAGGACCCUGAAUUGUCAACCUUAAAGUUAGCAGAUAAGUGAAGAUACCACAGAGAAGUGAUUUACUCAAGAUCACACAAUAAAUCAUCCACCAGAUACUGAGAUUAGGCUUCAUCUGAUAUUAUACCAUAAGAAGCACGGACCACUAACCAGGAACUUUUGUGAAGGGUACUGCAGUGCCAGAAAGAGGCCCUGAGCAGACAUUCCUAGAGAAACAUGGAUGGAGUUGGAAAUCUGACAGUAUCUUCAGCCAGUAAUAAUACAUGCAAUGACACUAUUGAUGACUUCCGCAAUCAAGUAUAUUCUACGAUGUACUCUAUGAUCUCCGUUGUGGGCUUCUUUGGCAAUAGUUUUGUGCUCUAUGUCCUCAUAAAAACAUAUCAUGAGAAGUCAGCCUUCCAAAUAUACAUGAUUAAUUUAGCAGUAGCGGAUCUACUGUGUGUGUGUACACUGCCUCUCCGCGUGGUCUAUUACGUUCACAAAGGCAUUUGGCUCUUUGGUGACUUCAUGUGCCGCCUCAGCACCUAUGCCUUGUAUGUCAACCUCUAUUGUAGCAUCUUCUUUAUGACAGCCAUGAGCUUUUUCCGAUGCAUUGCAAUUGUUUUCCCAGUCCAGAACCUCAAUUUGGUUACACAGAAAAAAGCCAAGUUUGUGUGUGUUGGCAUUUGGAUUUUUGUCAUUUUGACCAGUUCUCCAUUUUUAGUGUCCACAUCUUACAAAGAUGAGAAGAACAAUACUAAGUGCUUUGAACCUCCACCAGACAAUCAAACUAAAAACCACAUUUUGAUCUUGCAUUAUAUAUCAUUGUUUGUUGGUUUUAUCAUUCCUUUUGUUAUUAUAAUUGUCUGUUACACAAUGAUUAUUUUGACCCUACUAAAAAAUUCAAUGAAGAAAAAUAUAUCAAGUCGUAAAAAAGCCAUAGGAAUGAUCAUAGUUGUGACAGCUGCCUUUUUGAUCAGUUUCAUGCCAUAUCAUAUUCAACGCACCAUCCACCUUCACUUUUUACACAAUGAAUCUAAGCCUUGUGACUCUGUCCUUAGAAUGCAAAAAUCAGUGGUCAUAACCUUGUCUCUGGCCGCCUCAAAUUGUUGCUUUGAUCCUCUCCUGUAUUUCUUUUCAGGGGGGAACUUUAGGAGAAGGCUUUCUACAUUUAGAAAACAUUCUUUGUCCAGCAUGACUCCUGCACCCAAGAAGAAGGCCUCUCUGCCAGAAAAAGGAGAAGAAAUAUGUAAUGAAUAGUUUAAACCCAUCUAGUACAAAUUAUUGAAAAGCUCCCCAAACAAGUAUUUCCUCAAGUCAUUUACAAUAAAAAUAAGCAUUUCCAUCAAUAUUUU